AUGGCUUCGAUAGAAUACACGUCGCCGGAAGAGUUCGAGUCAGGCUACAAGACUCUCCAAAGCACGUUUGCGAGCAAUCGAACCAAAUCGAUCAAAUGGCGCAAGUGGCAACUUAAGCAGCUGUGGUGGCUGCUCGAGCAGAACCUCGACAAGAUUGUCGAUGCGCUCCACACGGAGCUCAAUCGUCAUGCAUUCGAGACUCUCACCAUGGAGGUGCGCGGCAUCAAGGGUGACAUUGUCGACAUGCUGGAACACAUCGACGAAUGGUCCCAAGGCGAAAAGCCGGACGCAGGCUUCGUAUUCGGCACGCUGGGAAAGGCGUGGCUGAGGAAAGAGCCGCUUGGGGUGACUCUGAUCAUAGCUGCCUGGAACUUCCCACUCUAUACGCUGUUGUCACCAAUGGUGGCCGCCAUCGCUGCUGUCCCCGGGUGGGACGUCCCAAAGGGGUCUCUGCUCACAAGGGCAGGUAACUGUAUCUUCUUGAAGCCGUCCGAACUCGCUCCGGCCACUCAGGCGCUGCUGGUCGACCUGGUGCCCAAGUACCUGGAUCAAUCGGCCAUACGGCUGGUGACCGGAGGGCCGGCAGAGGUUGGCCGCAUGCUCGAGUUCAAAUUCAACCACAUCUUCUACACCGGAGGCGGGAAGGUUGGUCGCAUCAUUGCAACGGCCGCGGCAAAGCACUUGACGCCUGUCGUCCUCGAGCUGGGUGGUCAAGCCCCUGUCAUUGUGACAAAGUCCGCGGAUAUUGAAUUAGCCGCCAAGCGGAUUGCGCACGCGAAGCUCACCAACAGUGGCCAGGUCUGUCUGAAUGGAAACCACAUCUUCGCGGACGCGGCCGUCCACGACCGGCUGCUCGAGAGGCUUCAGUUUUGGUUCGACAAAUUCCUCGAGACGGGCAACGAGCAAUUCGCUACGAUCAUCAACGAGCGUCACUUCGACCGGAUCGCGGGGCUGCUCAAGUCCAGUGCCGGGGUGGUGGUCUAUGGCGGAGACCUAGACCGUGAGCGGAAGUACAUCAAGCCCACGAUUGUGCGCGACGUCAUGACGGACGACUCGCUCAUGUCUGAAGAGCUCUUCGCCCCGAUUGCGCCGGUCAUCGUGGCCGACGUGGACCGCGCCAUCCGCAUCAUCAGAUCCAUGCCCCCUCCGCUAGGCCUGUACAUCUUCUCCAAGGACCAGGCCGAGAUUGACCACAUUCUGGACCACACCAGCUCCGGCGGAGUCACCAUCAACGAUCUCAUGAUCCACGCCGGGGUGCCUCAUGCGCCUUUUGGGGGUGUUGGCGAAAGCGGCUACGGCAGCUACCAUGGGAAGUACGGCUUCGAUGCCUUUUCGCAUACCAGGACCGUUGUCGCUCCGCCGACGUGGCUUGAAGUGGUCAUGAGUUUCCGCUACGCGCCGUUUGACAUGAAAAAGGCAAAGUUCGCAGAAAUCAAGAGCAGUCUCGUAGGUAAGCCUGGCGAAACAAUGGAAGAGCAGAAGGUAGGCAAGAAAGUGGCCGUGAGCACGAUUCUAAGAAAUGCGGUUCUGGCUGUGGCGGUUCUUGCUGCCGCUGACAGUGCAACCGGCGGGAAGUUGUUUUUUGUCCAUACGAUGCGCGAUGUUGUCGGAAAGGUCUGGCGGCAGAAGUGA